AGCAAGGAGAAAGGAUACCUGGAGAAGCAACUACUCUAGCAUCAUCCCUGGUUCACGUCAUCAGAAAAAACACCCAUUGUUCCUUGCUUAUUCUAGGUAUUGCUCCAGUUCCAGAAAUCAUGGGAUCAGAUCUCUUCAGGAAUGGAUCUAUGACUGGUAACAGCUCCAAUCAAGAGGAAGGACAGGGCCUUUUGAAAAUAGUAACAAUUUCCACUAUUACUGCUAUUGUAAGCUUUAUAACAAUAAUAGGUAAUAUUUUAGUCAUUGUGUCAUUCAAAGUGAACAGCCAGCUAAAGACGGUGAAUAAUUAUUUCCUGUUAAGUCUGGCCUGUGCUGAUCUUAUAAUUGGAGUGUUUUCAAUGAAUCUCUAUGCUUCUUAUAUACUGAUAGGUUCCUGGUCACUGGGAAAUUUGACGUGUGAUUUAUGGCUCGCACUGGAUUACGUGGCCAGUAAUGCCUCAGUCAUGAAUUUGCUCCUUAUAAGCUUCGACAGGUAUUUCUCAAUCACACGGCCUUUAACCUACAGGGCUAAACGUACUCCCAAAAGGGCUGGUAUCAUGAUUGGGCUUGCAUGGUUGAUAUCCUUUAUAUUGUGGGCCCCUGCAAUUUUAUGCUGGCAAUACCUGGUUGGAAAAAGAACAGUUCCUUCAAAUGAAUGUCAGAUACAAUUUUUGUCUGUACCUGCUAUUACCUUUGGUACGGCAAUAGCUGCUUUCUACAUCCCUGUGUCAGUCAUGACAAUAUUGUACUGUCGCAUCUAUAAAGAGACUGAGAGACGGACUAAGGAUCUGGCGGAACUGCAAGCAACAAAUCUCGCCUCUGAAGACGAAGUUGUUGUCUCCAAAAGGACUCUGCUAACAUCCUGCUUUGGAUGUGUCGGCCACAAGCUCUCACGCAGGGAAAGAUCCCAAGUAUCAUGGUCUUCAAAUAGAAGCACGACGGUAACUCUAAGAUCCACACACACACAGAACGCCACAGAUGAAUGGUUAAAACGUGACAACAUAGAUUCUUUCGAAAACUACCCCAUGUCGGAAGAAGAUGAAAGGCUCACUCCUAGAUCUGCCUCUUCGGUGUCUCAAGGGCAGAAUCAGAACUCUGAAUACCCCGGGGAGGAUGACACAAAUGUGUCCUUGGAAGAGCCUCCUGCAAUAAAUAAUUAUGAAAAUCAAAACUAUUUGGUGACCCCCGUGAAAAAACAGAAGGAUAAAAAGCACAUCUCUUACAAAGGUAAUAAAGUAGCCGUCAAAAAUGGCAGCUCUUCAUCAACCUCAGACACAAGUAAUGGUUGCACAGAAAUAAAAGUAACACCCCGCCAAUCCACCGAGCCAGAAGUUCCAUACAUGAGAAACAUGGAUCAAAAUCUUAAAUUGCAGAUCACCAAGAGAAAACGGUUGGUUUUGAUUAAAGAAAAAAAGGCAGCACAGACACUUAGUGCCAUUCUACUGGCUUUCAUUAUCACAUGGACACCGUACAAUAUUAUGGUGUUAGUCUCAACGUUCUGUUCAUACUGUAUCCCAACGUCAUUGUGGCAUCUGGGAUACUGGCUGUGUUAUGUUAACAGCACAGUCAACCCCAUGUGCUACGCUCUGUGUAACAAAACCUUCCGUACGACUUUCAAGAUGCUGUUAUUAUUUCAGUGGAAGCGGAAGUGAAUUAUCUGGGUGGCAGCAAGUUACAUCUUUAAAAUGUGAGAGUAAAGUGGAUGUUACUUUCUUCCUUCGAUGCUCCAGAUCUGACCAUUGACUAUCAUUCAAUAAUUGUUUCUUCGCAAAAUAUCGGAAUUGAAACAACAGCCUCGACAGAACAACUUCCUUGAGUUUAUAGAAACGGAACUGAACGAACACCAACUGUAACCACUUCCAAUGAAGCCCAAGAACCUGCCUGGAAUUUUUUGUGGAGACAAUCACAUGACCCAGGUGACCGGGACCUCCUUAAAUUCUCAUCUUAACUUUCCUUGUCACAAUGACAAACGCUUUACUAUUCAAAAAGAUUAUUACACUAACCCCAAGUCACAGUGCUUAAAAUUCUGAACUAUAAAUCAAAUAACACCGAGGUGCAUACCUUAUGCAGAGAAAGUAUUGUUUCAUUUAUACCGGGAUGUCUGCCUGUUUUGGCAACUUAUUUGCUGCUCUUUCCUUCCUUCCCUCCUUAAAAACAGUACCUACUGACAGGUGUGGCUUCAUAGGCACCCAACAUCCUUCAACUGCAAAUGUGACCGAAUGUCAGCAGGCCAUUGAAACACUGGAGGGGAAAGAUGCGAGAACCCAAGGCCAGUUCAAAUCAUCUCACCACGUGUGCAAACGUGGGCUCUCUCCGACAGAGUUACUGGAUGAUGAUCAGGAAAUAAAACCCUGGGUGGAUUUUCCCUCCCUGCAGUGUUGUGGUUUUAAUGCCCUGUGACAGAUCCCGCGGCCUAGAAAUGGAAAGGUCGAAUUUGGGUCCGUUAAACACUACCCCCCCCCCCCCACCCCUCCACCACCAUCACCACCACCCCCAGUGGAAAAUUGGGAAACCCACCUGGAAAGCUCCAUUAAGUGGGCACAACGCUAGCAAAUGCUUUCCUGUGUGGGUGUGGGGUUAGCCUUUGCAGAAAGGGCAAAGAAUUUCCAAUAAACCCACAGCAGCGAACCCAGGUGAUAGGGUCCCGGGAUUGGUAGGGUGGUCGCCGGUUGCAUUCAGAAACAUCGAAACGCCUUGAAACUUUACCAAAAGUUUUUUUUAAAUAGCUCACUUAAAACAUGUUUACGAAAAUGAAAACACCAAGUAUAGCACACAAAUUACAAACAAAAACCUAACUUAACUCCCUCUACCUUUUAUUAUCCUUGCAACUUUACAAUCCCCAUUCAAGUGACUGGGCUGGCGGACCGUGCACCAGAUAUAACGGCGCAAGAUUGGCGCUGACCACCCCCCUCCCCCUCCCCCCCGGCUGGAGGCAGUGUCAGGCUGGCACGGAGGAGUUCGCAUGGAAAUGCUGAGAGUAACCGCAGUUUGGCGGCAAUUUGGUGCAUUCACCUGCAAAAUCUGGGCUUUUGUGGCAAAAUCAAGGAAUCCGCUAAUAGAGAAGCAUAGUCAACCCCUUUGUUGUAUAAUCCAAAGACAACGUAAUAUUGAUUACACCUGUUGAACUCCACAUUAUCGUCUCUGUGUUCGCUCGCUGUGAAGUAAACUAACUUACUUUGUAUCUGGCCAC